CCUGUCAUCGGAGAGGCAAUUUUCAGAAACAAGACGAAACCCAUGUUAACAAGGAGACAGAGCAAAAGCCUCCAGAGAGACGAAUGGAGAGAAACAGGCAGGAUGAGACCUUGGGGAGCUGGUUCAAGACCACAAUUCCCUUCGGUAUUCAAUAUGAUGAGAAGUGGCUGCUGAAUUUGAUUCAGAAGCAAUGCAGUGUCUCCUUCACCCCAGUCGAAUUUCACUAUGAGAAAAUGCAGGCCCAGUUCUUCGUUGAGAAUGCCAACAUUGCCUUCGCACUGAAGAAUGUCAACGGCAAGAUUUACAAUGAGGCUAAUGAAAGGAUAUCUAUCUUUGUUGAUCCCUGUGAUGCACCCCACUCUGUGCUGAAGGAGCUGAGGUCAGAAAAGGUGGAGCAGAUAAAGCUGCCCGUGAAGGAACGACACGAUGCCUCCCAGCAAUCUCUUGACAUCCAGAGGCUCUGCUCUGACCCUGACUUGAUGACCCGUGAUACUGGAAUGCUGCGAAACCCUAGAAAUGGCAUGGCCGCCUCCCUGCAGAUCCAUCCAUGGAAUAUGCCCAAGCUUUUGCCCUUGGAGCUGAGCAAUAAGAAACCCUACCAGCUGCAUGGCCUGUCCAACUCUAUGCCGAAUGCUUCCAACACCAAGAACUUGAACCUCUCCAACACUGAGGUGAAGUCUGCAGGGGAGAUGGACAAGGGUGAGCGGCUGGAGCCAGAAGGGAUGUGUGCAGACAGAAACCCCCUGUGCACCAGCUUCCCUGAUAAGUCAACCAACAUAAGGGCCAUCAGAGAUCGUUUCCCGAAGUUAUUACGCCUAGAUGGCCAGGAGUUACCGUCACCAGUUACCGUUGAUGUUGACACUCCCUGCGUAUUAAAGCCCUGCAAGGGCAGCUACUUUGGAUCUGAUAAGCUGAAGAGACAAGUCCUGCAAUUCCUGCAGCAAAGCAGCUUGUGCAAGUACUUCAAGGACAGCCGGAAUAUGAAGAAGCUCACGGACCCCCACCUGCGGGUCCAGCUGCUGAAGCACACAAAUCGUGUCAUUGUGCACACCCUCUGUGUGUUGCCCAAGACUCAGCAUGACUUAAGCUCCUUCGUGGUGGACACGUGGUUCCAGACGGUGAGCGCCUGCUUCCUCCCUCGGGCGGGCCCAGGAAGCCGCAGUGGAAGGAAGUUCUCAGGACUGUGUGCGUGCCUUCACCCGGACCUUCAUCGCUACCCCUGCCAGCUACUCCAGUCUGUGCAUCGUGAAUGACGAGCUGUUUGUGAGGGACGCCAGCCCCAGUGAGACCCAGAGUGUGUUCUCCAUCCCAG